CGCCACAUCUCUGCCUCCAGACUGGAAUUCAAACAGGAAGUCUUGGAAAAAAUGAGCAGGAAACAGUUGAGAGAAAAACUGAUUGAGUAAACACCCUGAGGAUGAACUCUGACACCUGCCUUCGUCUCCGACUGAAAUCAAACUGAACAAGGAGAACAGAGAGAGAACUGAGCAACUAGACACUGGAACACACACUGCUGCAGGAGGAACAACAAGCAGAUCAAAGUGAAACUUCACUCUGAGACAAAAUGGCUUCCAGAUCAGACAAUGAUCUCUGCUGUCCGGUCUGUCUGGAGAUAUUUAAGGAUCCGGUUCUUCUGUCAUGCAGCCACAGCUUCUGUAAGGAGUGUCUGCAGAAAUACUGGAGAAGAGGAACUGGUCGCUCAUGUCCAGUUUGUCGGAAAAGAUCAGCAUCAGAUGCUCCACCCUGUAAUCUGGCUCUGAAGAAUCUGUGUGAGACUUUCUUACAGCAGAGAGAGCAGAGAGCUUCAGAGGAUCUCUGCAGUCUGCACUCUGCGAAAGUCAAACUCUUCUGUCUGAACCAUCAGCAGCCAGUGUGUCUCGUCUGCAGAGAUUCAGAAAAACACACCAAGCACAGAUUCAGACCCAUUGAUGAAGCUGCUCAGCAACACAAGAAGAAGCUUCAGGAAACUCUGGAGCCUUUAAAGAAGAAGCUGGAGCUCAGGAAGAAAGUUCAGGAGGAGUUUGAUCAGACAGCAGAACACCUGAAGGUCCAGGCAUGGCCGCUUCUUCCUCUGCACCGCUUCUUCUCCUGCUGCGCGUGCUUCUCCGUGGCGACGUUCCGCUCCGCGGGAACCGCGGGUCGCAGAACUCGCCUCUUCUCCUCCCUCUCCAAACCUCAUCCGCACAAAGAAUGA